GUCGAGCGCGCACGCAGCCACCUGUGCGCGCGGGUGUCAAGUGGCACGCACGAGCGAAGGGGUGUGCGCGUAGGGACGCUGCCUGCGCCUCGGGAGCACGAGCCGCGCCGUUGAGGCGCAAAAAAAAAAACCAAACCAAAACCAACAACCCAACAACAAAACUAGCCGCGAGGGAAGGUCGCAGCUCCGUUCUUUUCGCCUUUCCACACAAGGCAGCCUUCGGCAGCGGCGGUAGUUCCCGGACCCGGAGGACUCUCCCGAGCCCGGGCUAUGACCUGCCUCCCAAGCUACCUGAGUGGCGGCAAUCCCGGUGCCACCCUCCGCGCCUUGCUCAAAUCCUUACGGCGGCAACCGCCGCCAAGGAGGCAGCUCGCCGUCCCGCGCGUCCUCUUGGCUGAGCCCGCGGCUUCCUUCGCCGCCGCCGCCGCCACAGCUGGCCUCCCCCUGCGUUGCCUGGCACUGGCGGGAGAAGAGCCGUCGUCGUUUUCUUCUUCUUCGUCGCCGCCGCCGCCCUCCUUUCCCCUUCCCUCUCCUUCCCCUUCGCGGCGGCGCCUCGGCUCUGGCGGCGGCCGCUCGAGCUUGUCCUCCAAGGCCGGCAGCGGCUUCCGCCCAUCCCGGGUGGUGGUGGUGGCCAAGACGACCCGCUACGAGUUCGAGCAGCAGCGGUACCGCUAUGCUGGGCUCUCUGAGGAGGAUCUCAAGCAGCUGCUUGCAUUAAAAGGAUCUAAUUAUAGUGGUCUAUUAGAGCGGCAUCGGAUUCAUACCAAAAAUGUGGAACAUAUUGUAAAUAGUCUAAGAAAUGAGAAGAUUGAAGUUCGGCUUGUGAAACGGAGAGACUAUGAUGAAGAGACUGUCCGGUGGGCAGAUGCUGUUGUAGCAGCAGGAGGUGAUGGAACAAUGCUUUUGGCAGCCAGUAAGGUGCUGGAUCAAUUAAAACCAGUUAUUGGAAUAAAUACAGAUCCAGAUAGAUCUGAGGGUCAUUUGUGUUUACCUGUACGAUAUACACACUCAUUUCCAGAUGCUUUGCAGAAACUUUAUAGUGGUGAAUUCAGAUGGCAAUGGAGGCAACGAAUCCGGUUGUACCUUGAAGGAACUGGUAUUAACCCAGUCCCUGUAGAUUUACAUGAACAGCAACUGAGUCAAGAACAGCAUAGUAGGGCCCAUGUUAAUGGAAGAUUUCAGGAUCAAAGAUCUCAGAUUUCUGAACCACACCUCUUGCCUGUAAGAUCAUUAAAUGAAGUCUUUAUUGGAGAGUCUCUCUCAUCCAGGGUGAACUAUAAGUCCUGCAAACCCAGUUUUAAAUUCUCCCUUCAUAGGGCUUCUUAUUAUGAAAUAUCAGUUGAUGAUGGUCCAUGGGAGAAACAAAAGAGCUCAGGUCUCAAUAUAUGCACUGGAACUGGAUCAAAAGCUUGGUCUUUUAAUAUCAACAAAAUAGCAAAUCAGGCUGUGGAAGAAAUUCUUAAGAUUGCUAAAAGUUAUGAGAAUUUAAAGCUUCCAUUGAACAAAGAACUAAUACAGAAAGUAACAAACGGAUAUAAUGAAUCACUGCUCUAUAGUCCAGAGGAACCCAGGUUGUUUUUUAGUAUACGAGAACCCAUUUCAAACCGUGUUUUUUCAAGUAGUCGGCAACGAGGCUUUGCUUCAAAAGUUUGCAUUCGCUCUCGUUGUUGGGAUGCCUGUAUGGUAGUAGAUGGAGGAACUUCAUUUGAAUUUAAUGAUGGAGCAAUAGCAUCAAUAUUAAUCAAUACAGAAGAUGCCCUGCGUACUGUUUUGUUAGAAGACUGAAGACGUCAUUGAGAAUAUUCAAAAUUCUUCACAAAGAAAUGAGCUGCAUCAAUUCAAAUGUGAAAAUUGCUCUUUGGGAAAUAUUUGGGAAACAAAGAUUGAAAUGACUUCUUUUUUUUGCUUCUGAAUGAGAAACUCCUGGAAAAAUCAGUGUUUUGCCAUUUAUUGCAUCUUGUAAUAUGAAAUAUAAUUUAUUUGUAUCUCAGACCAACAAAAUUAUUAGCCCUUAAAAGCUUGAUUCCACAGAAUGCUUUUUAAAUGAAGGUGGAACCAAAUACAAUUGGUAUUAAUAUUAAAUUAUAAACUUCAGUGGAAGUAGUAUACUACUGAUUCAGCAAAAUACCUUGGAACUCUUUCGGUUUUUAAAGCAAAUAAUAUAAAAGUUAAUAUAAAGAUGUUUGAUCAUACUUCAGUGUGAUAUCCAAGAAUUUUUAAUAAUACUUUUGUAUUCAGAAAGAACUUUAAUUUUUUUAAUUCUGAAGUAGGAUUCGUUACUGUUCUUCUAUUACAGUCUAAUAUUCAUACUUCUACCACAAACCAUGUUUCUAUUUACCAUUGCAUUUCUUGUAUCAUACCAAACUGGCUACUGAGUUCCCAGUAUUCCCCCAUCCUAUACGAGCACCAAGCAUGUAGACCAGGGGUGUCCAAACUUGGUCCCUUUAAGACUUGUGGACUUCAACUCCCAGAGUCCCUCAGCCAGCAAAGCUGGCUGAGGAACUCUGGGAGUUGAAGUCCACAAGUCUUAAAGGGACCAAGUUUGGACACCCCUGAUGUAGACUAAAUAUAAUUAACUGGCCUGCUUGUGCUUUGGAUAGGCCUAUCACAAGCAGAAAUAAUGAUGCAGCUGAGGGUUGGCUAGCUUAAUUGUUCUACUCCCAAGGACAGGUGCUCCAUUAAGUAGGUCCUAAGAUAGCAAAUACACAAUAUCAUUCCUUAAAAAGUUAGCUGUGUAUUUGUGUUAGGAUUAUAAUAAUCUUUACCUAUCAAGUGCAGAAAUAUUCAUGCAUUUUGAAAACUACUUGUUUUUGCAGUCUCUAAAGCAUAUGCAUGAACAGUUUCAAGAUAAUGGGAACAUUUUGUUCACAAUAGUGUAUGAAACCCAAUAUUAUACAAACAAGUCCAACAGUGUUUUUCCACUCAGGGAUAGAAUCUUUUCCUUUGCAUUCCUCCCAAAUCAUUUCUAGAAGUUUCCCCUAGCCCCCAAGAACUUUGUGCCUGGGAGAAGCAGAAUGGAGAGAUUUAUUUGACCCUUUCCUAGUUCUAUCCAUAGAAACUGUUUUUCAGACAGAAUUGAAUUCCCCUCCUCACAUUUUACUUGACAAGUUACAGAAGUGUGUGACCACUGCCAGCCUCUUUUCCUUUGUUUAUUUCAGGUAGCUGUUGUAUGCAAAAGUCUUUGCAAAGAUAGUAUUCAGCAGUAUAUUAGUUUACAUUACUUAUACCAGGAUACUUUGCAGAUUGGCUGCCACUAAAAAGAGUCAUUCUUGCUGGUUUUAAUGACAUUUUGAAAAUGUUACAGAGUGCAUUAGCUGCUUAUAUUUGAAAUAAUGAUAAUUAACCUGCAAUGUGAGAGAACUAAAUGAUGAAUCCUUUCUCUAAUACAAAGCAUUGUAAAUUAUAUUCAGGGCUUAACAUGAAAAGUUAAGAAAAUUGAAAAUCAGUUUUACAAAAGUUGUGUUCAAUUUGCAAUACCAGAAUGAUCAUAAACCUUUUAGAAGACAAAGUAAGGUGAGGAAGAGGGGGAAUCACUGAAAUAUACAUGUCAGGCUUUUAUCGUGGAAAGCUUCUAAGUUUUUCAGUGAAAAUGUGAGAUUAUCUGUUUACAUGACUGAUUUUAGCUAUUGGGAAGCUGAAAUGGACUUUGUUUCAAGUAAAUAUCUUUAAAACACGAGCGAAAUAAAACCAAGAUGAAUAUGCUCUGUAAUUGAAAUUAAGGAAAUUGUAAAAUGGGUUCAAUGUACUCAGUGUUUGUUUUGUGAUUUUCAAGUUCUAAAAUUGACAUUGUUAAUUUGGGAGUAUGGGCAACUUUAACAUGAAUAUGUUUUUCUUCCCCAGCAUGCUGAACUAUCUGUGUCUAACUCUUGGUUCUCUCUGGUGGGUUUCCACAGCAGAAGUAAAUGGAAUGUUGAGGCCAUGCCAACAUCUGCCUUGGAUUGUGACUGUUCACAAAAUGCCUGCCUUGACAACCUUAGCCAGUCAUUUACAAGAAGGCAAACUGACCAAGUUUCUUGUGGAGGUGUAUAGACAUUUCUAAGGAAACACUUGGCUGUAAUUGCACACUUUCCAGAUUGCUUAUGUGACUGUGUGCCACUAAGAGCAUAUAAAGAUAAUACUUGAGGUUGACACUUUGCUUUGCAACUUUUCUUGUCUCUUAUUAAAAACUAAAAAUUAAACCAGUCAGAAUUGAGUGCUAAGGAAGAUGCCCACAGCAGAUUCUUGAUAGGACUUACUAAAUAUCUAAAUGGUAUUGUGUUCUCAUCGCAAAUGGAUCAUCAUGUUGAAAAUUUAUGUCCCAUUUUCUUAAAUUAUGCCAGUUAUGAAAGGUUAAGAAUAGUACUGUUGUCCAUUAGAUAAAAAGACAAUAAAAAGAUGCAAGGCGAAGGUGUCCUUUGAAAUGAUGCGAUCUAGAAUUUGGGUUUUACUUGCAGUGUUCUUAGAUACCUUUUUAAAGAAAAAGAGGAUUUCAUAGUGGGCUUUUUGAGGCCUGCCAAAAAUAAAAAAAUCUUAGCGUUCUUUGGGAAUAAGCAAACAUCCUUCCUUAUCAUCUGGCUCAUGCCAUCCGAGCCAGGAGUUGACAUUUUGGGGAAUACAAAAUCCAAAUUAAAUGCCAAACCUGUCUGAUAUCACAUUAGUGUCUAUACCACAAGUGUGCUAUCAUGGCUUCAUUUUAUCUGUCCCCUCUACUGGACGCUCAAGCAGCAGUGGGAAGGGCUUGUGAGCUGUAGGCAAUUAGCAUUUAGACUAUUUAGUAGAUUUUGAAAGGGUCAACUUUUGUUUUCAGUCUCAUUUUGAGAGGAUAAAAAUAUUUCUGUGUUUGCACAGUAUACCUUACC